UAUGACGACGCCUCCUAGCAAGCCGUACGAUACGCUCUUGUGACGAUUCCGAACAGUCCUGCGACAGUCGUAGUCAAUUCUCCAUCGCGGUAUUUUCGUCGGCCUUUCAGUCGCGUCGGAACUCUCCAGUCUCGUCGGCAUUGCCUUCGGCUAGGUUUUGCAUUGUUUUUUCGGUCGUCUUUGAUCGGCUAGGUAGUGGCCUCGUAGUGUUUCGCCUCGCGAUCCUCAGUCUCCCAUACUGCCAGUGAUCUCGGACUUAAACCUAAAGGGCGAAAUGGAGGAGCUAGAGAGGCAUCGUAGCCGUCGAUCGUAGCCGUCGAUAAGUCCUCAUGCGUCAGUAGUGCGUUCCCAGUCAGGGUAACGAGCAGGCCCCUCAGAGGGGCCUGAAUCACGAGCAGCCAUGAGUCUCCUGGAGAUUAAGUAUGUUCCGCGGCCUCCGACUCUUGGACAGGGGUCCAACCUGGACUCCAUGAUUCUGCCGGAGGCGGAGGAGGUGCCCCACUUGCGCGAGUUGGACUUUUGCGUGAACGCGGAUUUCGUGCACAUAGAGAACAAGUACGGCACCUUCAUCUGCGAGCCCCACCUCACCUUCGCCAAGCAAGUCUUCCCCUCCAACCCUGGCGAUCCCCCUCCGGGGGGGACCUACAGGCAGAAUGGAGGGGAGGAGGAAUACGAGGAUCCCUAUGUCGGGGAUAGGUCCAUGGACGAGCACUAUGGCGGAUCCACCAUAAUGGCAUACGACCCGCUCUUCAACUGGGACUCGGAGCGCGCUGCUGUCAUCGGCCACCGCCUGCCCAUCAGACCCAUCACCUCGCCCUCUGUAGGCACCCGCUUCUCGGUGCGGAUUCUGGGGCUGAACGUGCAGGCGGGCCUGGUGGAGCCGGUGUGCGGCACGAUAGGCACCCGCUUCUCGGUGCGGAUUCUGGGGCUGAACGUGCAGGCGGGCCUGGUGGAGCCGGUGUGCGGCACGAUGUGCCUGUACCACGCGGAGCGGCGGGAGAAGGCGUCGGAGGACUUCCACUUCCAGUUUCUGCCACCGCAAUGGGACGGGGAGAGCACGUCCCCCGACACUCGCGCCAUCUUCUCAGUUGACAAGGAGUCAGCGGCGCUGUGCCUGCUGGUGCAGCUGGAAAAGGCGGCCAGUGAAGAGAGCGUGAAUGGGAUCAAGCCGGCUGUGUACACUCGCAAAGACCCGCCCACCCUGACGGAGAAGGAGGCAGCACGUCUGUCGGAGUGGGCGCAGGUGAUGCCCUUCCGGGAGCCCUUCGCGUGGAUCACCAUUCCCCUCUUUGACUCCUCCGUCACCGGCGGGGUGGGGGGCUUCGGGGCAGCUGGCGGGGGCAGUUCAGGCGUAGGGUCCUCAGGAAGCCUUGGGGGGGUAGGGGGCGUGUUGGGCGUGGAAGGAGGGGGGGGGACGCCGGGGUCUGGGACGAGUCCGGUGGUGGACAGCAAUGGGAUGCGCGUGCCGGCUUAUGAGCUGGGUGGGCCGCCGGUGCAGAUUGAUAUCCCCAGCUUGAAUCGCGCCAAGGAGUGCUACACUGACGACCAACUGCUGGACCCCAAGAAGAAAUCACAGAAGCCGGUGCGCGUCUCCAUGCAUUUUGAGGUGGAGCGGUUACCGGGCCCGGCAGGGGGAGGGGCAGGCGGGGCAGGGGGGAGUGUGACUCCCCAGUCGCUCAACUCGUCGGGGCGGGGGGUGAACCGGGCGCGCUCGCAGGACUCCAUGAGUUCCGACUUGGACGAUGUCGCCAUGGUGCCACGCAGCCUGUCUGUGUCCAGAUUCCUCUCCGGGUUCCAGGCCAUUGACUUCACUGACAUGGUGCGCGCGGAGCCCUUCACGCGCCUGGUGCACUUGCUCUUCGUGUACCCGCAGCAGGUGGCGCUGCCCAAGAAGCUCAACCUCUUCGUGCGCACCGAGCUCAGGAUGGAUGACCUCGACAUCCAACGGCCGUCGGUGGAGGCCAUAUUCCCCAAGGAGCGCAACGGCCCCAUGUUGCGAACAGCCUCGACCCAGGUGGUGCAGGGGACGCGGCCCGCCCUGUUUCACGACGAGGUGAAGAUCCAGCUGCCUGCAGCGGUGGCGCCCUCGCACCAUCUGCUCUUCACCUUCUUCCACAUCGACCUCUCCCUGCGCUCCGACCGACCCAAGCCGGUGGCAGUGGGUUAUGCAGUGAUGCCGCUCGCUGCUGCCCUACAGGCGUUCAAGGGCGAGGUCAAUCUGCCCAUUUCGAAGGACCUGCAGCCGCGCUACCUGCAGGAGAGCACCAAGUCACGCCUGACCUACUGGGAGGAAGGGAGGCCCAUCUUCCGCGUGCGCACGCGCCUCUUCUCAUCGCUCCUGCCCCUGUCAGACCGCCUGCGGGACUUCUUCCACCAGUUCGACCGCCAUAUGCUGGAGGCACCCCUGCCUAGGGAGGACUUGCUAGAGGCGAUCAAUGCACUCAAGACGGUGGACGUGGUGGUGCUCAUGCAGUUCCUCUACCCGCUGCUCAACAUGCUGCUCUGCAUGAUCGGCAAUGGCGUGGAAACCUUGCAAGUCGCUGCAUUCCGUGCCAUGAUCAAUGUGGUUUCGAGAGUUCAGUUGGAGCUGGCGCCGCAGUCAUCAGCCCCCAUGGAGCGCAGCCGCUUCCUCGUGCACUUUGUGGACUUCAUCUUUGACGACCUCGGCCGCAACCAGCCGCCGGUGUACCCGGGGCUCAGCAACGUGUGGCGCAGUUUGGCUCGCAGUAAGUCCCGGGGCUUCCGAGUGGGCCCGGUGUACGCGGAGGCGCUGCAGAUGGCGUGGUUUGUGCUGGAGCUCGUCGUCAAGUCCAUGGACCUGGAGCUCGCGCAGGUGCCGCAAGGCGACGAGAUCGCAAGAUUAAGGCUGGAGGACGAGGUGUUUCUGUGCAUCCGGCAGCUGUUCGAGUGCCUGCUGGCUGAGGUGCAUGAGAAGGCCGACUCCGACCCGCCCCUCGCCAAGAGCCUGAGCUCCUCCAUCUCCUUCUUCUGCUACGACCUCAUCUCCGUGGUCGACCCGCCGCAAGUCUUUGAACUGGUGGGGCUCUUUCUAUCGCAGUUCGUGGGCGUGUGUCCGCCCAUGCAGCACAUGUUCAAGCUGCACUUCCUGCGGAUAGUGUGCGACCAUGACCUCUACAUCGAGACGCCGGGCAGAGGACCCACAGAGAAGAACUAUCUGACGACAGUGCUGCUGAAGGAUCUCUUUGUGAGCCUCGACCACGAGGAUCCCAGUCAGCGAUCGCUGGCUGCGCGCAUGCUGGCGUUCCAGGUGGCUAAGCAUGAGUACGACGCGCGGUACCAGCAGCCAGAGCUGAAGCUGUACAUCGCACAGCUGUACAUGCCGAUCGUCAACAUGAUCCUGGACGAGGUGGAGACGUUCAACACCCUGGGUGUGAUCCAGAGGCGGCAGAUCCUGGUGGUGAUGCUCACGGUGGUGCGCAACCUGGACAGCGACACGCUGCUCAAGUCGUGGAAGCAGAGCGACGUGCGCACACGCCUCUUCUUCACCUUACUGCAGCAGGCCCUCGUGCUCUUUCAGCACAACCCCCAGCUUAUGGCAGCUGGCAGCAAGCCCCGCCCUCCCUCCGGCUCCAAGUCCGGCCCCUCCAAGGCUGCGUCGCCCGAUGCCUUGCUCGCAGUGGAGCCGCCGCCAAUCCCCAUGUUCUCCGACCGCGUGUCUCUGGCGACCAACGACCUGCUGGACGAGAUGGCGCGGGGGGAUGCCAAGGCGAUGCUGGAGCGCGAGCAGAUCAUCCGCAAGGUCACAGGGGGUGCGGUGUCGGGCGCCAAGGGGUCGGUCUCUCUGCGGGAUGUGCUCGCGCGGUCGAGAAUGUCGCCUAAAGAUGCCAUGGCGCUGCUCAGACAAAACCUGCCGCCCAGCGCUUCCACAAAACUGCUGCUGUGGGAGUCGAGCGUGGCAGCGUGGUGCUCACUGCAAGUCCUGGAGAUCCUCGAGAAGUUCAGCGACAUGGCGGCUGAUGGGCUCGUGGCCACGGACUAUGCCUGCAUGGACUGCCUCACCGGCCCGCUUUCCGUCAUGCUGGCCCUGCCACAGCCCAUGAGCUUCUGGGAGCCCUUUGUUCCGGCAUUCGCUGAAAUGCUCCGGCUCCAUGGCAAAGCCAUGCUCGAUGGGCCCCCCUCCGCUGCUGCUACCGCGGCCGCUGCAGCUGCUGCUGAGGCUGGUGGUGAUGUGGGGGGGAGUGGUGGGGGCAGCAGUGCGGUGGGGAGGGGUGGGGAUAUGUUGCUGAAGGAUCUGUUUGGGAGUCUGCUGAGGCAGAUGGCAGUCCGGCCAGAGUUCAUCAGGAAGAGGGCGCUGCUCUGCCUGCUGCUGCUGCUGCGGAACGCCCUGCUGCACAUGCGGGACGUGGAGCGCCUCAGAGUCAUCCUCACAGUGGCCCUCUCCGAGGUGCUCUCGCACAUGCGCCUGCUCCACUCGCCCUCGCCCUCCCCCGGCCCCACCUCUCGCUCUAGCAGCGUGUCCAGCUCCGCUGGUGGGGGGGUUUCUGGGGCGGCGGCAGGGGAUCUGGUGGAGUCAGUUGAGGUUGAGAAACUGAGACUCUCUUUGGAGGAGCUAGGGACUGAGGAUAAGUGGUUCCAGCUGCUAGACGAGUGUGGGUUGCCGUCGAUUUGCCUUGAGAUAGUGGUUGAGGAUGAGGGAGAGGAGGAGGAGGAAGAGGAGGAGGAGGAGGAUGAGGAGGAGGAGUGGGAGGAGGGGGGGAGUGUGUUGGUGGGGAGGCGGAGGAAGAGGGAGAGGGACCGGUGGACGUGGGCGAAUGUGGAGGAGACGCAGGAUAUGCUGCUGACUGUGGUGGAUGCAGCAUCGCAGCACGAACAGCUGAUGGAGGGCCUCAAGACGUCCAACGACAAGUACGCCAUAGUGGAGAGCUACUACAUCCUGGCGCAGGCGUACGGGCACGUGCCGGACCUGUACAUCAUGUGGAUGCUGCACCUCUGCGACGCGCACCAGGAGAUGAACCAGUGGGCGGAAGCAGCUCAGUGUGCUGUCUCUGUUGCCGGGAUUGUCAUUCGGGGUCUGCAAAUCGCGUCUCAAGAGCUGGUGUGGGAUGAAGAGCAUCUAGAAGUGCUCUGGAGCAUCUGCCCCUUGGCGCGGCACCAGUGGCGCGCGCGAGCCUUCUCUUCCCAGUCGGAGUUUGGCGCGUCGAGCCUGACGGUGGAGGGCGCGGUGAAGCACCUGCAGAUGGCGUCCAACUUCUUCUACAAGGCGGAGCUCUUCCACUUCUGCGCUGAAAUGCUCGCACUGCUGCUGCCGCUCUUCCGCGUUCGCCACGACUACAAGCAGCUGACCAAGACGCACAACAAGAUCGCAUCCAUCUACGAGAACGUGGAGCAGCAGGAGACAAGCCCCAUCCCCUUCAAGGACGCCUGCUACUAUCGAGUCGGCUUCUAUGGGGAACGCUUCCGAUACAUCGAUGGCAGGGAGUUCAUCUACCGCGAGCCCAGGGACGUGCGGUUGGGCGACAUCAUGGAGAAGCUCAAGGCGCUGUACGACGCACGCUCGCCUGACGAGGAGCCUCUCCAAAUCAUCCAGGACUCGCGCCAGGUGGACCCCUCGGCGCUCAAGCCCAACCUCGUGUACAUGCAGAUCACAGCCGUUGAACCCGUGGUCGGGAUCGGGGAGGAUCGAUGGCUGGGAAGGCCUCUCGAGCCGCCAAUCGCGGGGACUCCGACUUUCAGCUGCUUCUUUUUUGACACGCCGUUCACGCCAAAUGGGAAGCAGCAGGGGAAGAUGGAGGACCAGUGGAAGAGACGAACACUGCUGUACACCCAGAGCACACUCCCGAGCCUAAUCAGCCGGCAGCCCGUGGUUCGGUCAGAGGUUCGGGAGUACUCGCCGAUCCAGUGCGCAGUGGAGAUUAUCGAAUCUCGGUCGUUUGCUCUGGAGGCUGAGAUGGCCAGCCAGCUGGGGGAUUCCGGGGCGGCAGGGGCGGCAGGAGGGCCGGCGGGUAAGAAGGAUCCGGCAGCGGUUGUAGCGGCGGCAAUGGCAGCUGGGUCCGGGCCGCUACAGCUGCCAAGGCUACAGACGCUGCAGCGGUUGCUGCAGGGCAGUGUGGCGCUACAGGUGAACAGUGGCGUGCUGGGGGUGUGCAUGGCGUUUUACCAGGCGAAUCCCCAGGGGGCGAACCCCCGGGCCAAGGAACCGGAGAAAUUGCAGCCGUCGGAGCUGGAGAUGUUGACGGCUGCGAUAGUCCGGUUUGUGGUGGUGUGCAAGAGAGCAGUGGUGGUGCAUGGGCGGGCGGUUACCGAGGUGGAUAGGGACUUUCAGGAGCAGCUGGAGCAGAGCCUGGAAGACCUUGAGAAGGAAAUAUCGGCUUUCAUUCCAGGCCUAAGGAAACGAGCCUCAGCUUACUGAGAGUAUUUAUUUGAGGGGAAACCAAGUAUUUAUUUGUCGCAUUUGAUGGCAAACUCCUUAGGUUGUCAUCAUGUGGUGGUAAAUAAAUAGCUGCGUAGUGAAAGUUAGGCUGCCUUUUUCUCUGGUCGUUCGUCAAUGCCUCAUGGUCCGAUUUGCAACAGAAAUCCUUGCAAGGUAUAGCAUACUAGUUAAUUCUCUAUGUGGGGAGAUAUACGCCUUCAGGUGUACUAGGGUUUUCGUGGUGGUGGACCACGGAGAAAGUUUUGCUAAUUA